AUGUCGCCAACUGGGAUGGCCAUGAUGGGCGGGACAAGCUGGACUACCCAGGACCAGACGCUGCCUUCGUCACACGAUGACGACUUUCAACAAUUCCUUGACAUGGGCGGCAUGGGCAACCUAAGUGAGCCGCUUGGGUUCGACUUUCACGACUUCCAGAAUAGCGCCGACUCCUCCAUGAUGCCACAGAAUGGCCGCGACCAGCUAGACACCCAAAUGGGUGGCACCGAUAGCGCCAUGGCUAUGGCCAGACCCGACCCCUCUGUUCGCUCUGUCCAGGACCAGUUUGCUGCCAUGAGCACUGCUGCCUCUCACCCCUCCAUUACCGCACAGAUGAUCCAGCCGGUGCCGACUCCCACUGACGCCAUGGCUGAGAUUGACGCGCAAAUCCAGUUUUUGCAGCAGCAGAGGAUGCAGCAGCAGCAGCGACAAAUGCACGAGCACCAAGCUCAUCAGGUUCAGCAGCAGACUUCAUACUACGUCGGCCAUAAUCCUGUCCCCCCCACCCCGCAAAGUCUUGAGAUGCCGCCGAAUGGCAACCACUACUACGCCCAGGAGCAGGCGCAACAGAAUGUCUUCGACAGCAGGUAUCAGCGCAUGAAGGAGCAGCAAGAUAUGGCCUUUACCCCCCUUGUGUCUCCGGCCGUGACACCCCUUGAUCCUCAGUUCCAGAUCGACCCAACCUUCACCAUGCCGGGCUCAUACUUCAGCCCGCUUACCUCACCAGCGCUUCAUGCCCAGAGUGAGUCCAACUCGCCAUAUGAUCACCGUAAUUCCUUUUCGAACCACACUUCGACACACAACUCAAAUCACAACUCCCCUGGCGAAAUGGAUGUUGAAACCCCGAUCGCGGCAGUCCCGCCACCCGUGGUUGACCUCUCAAAAAAGGCUCGGAAAAACAACGCCUCACGCGCGAAGGGUAAGGGCAGUGUGCGCCAGUCUCCAAUCUCUAAGCCGAUGAAGAAGAAGACGGCACCAACCCCGAAGAUGGUUUCGCAAGUGCUUGCAGAGAUGCAAGAAUCAAACGAGGAAUGUUCCGAUCAGAUGCUUCCACCUACAUCUCUACCAAUGCCCAUGAGUAGCGAGGAGAGCGAAAAUGCUUCCGUCUCACCCGAAAACCUAUCCGAUAUGCCGCCACCGCCGCCGCCCGCUCACAAUAGGCUCUCAAGAUCGCCCUUGAACGGGCCGCAACAUGCCCAGCAGGCCGCCUCAGCUAUACCAGCGCACGUGCAAGAAAAGCCUUCGCCCGCAACGCCAGCGUCGCUCAUGAAGCUACCGUCAUCCAGUGCAAAUGGAGGCGCUGUGUCGUCCAAUGCGCAAACGAUGGGCGCACCUGAGCACAUCGAGGACUUUAAGCUGCCGGAAUCAGCAAACUUCCCCAAGAGCAGGCUGACUCCUUUGGAUACAAACCAAACUCCGGUACAAUCACCACUGGAAGCCAGCUCGGCGAAAACCGCGUCUUUCCAACCCCUGCCGUCCCCUAUUUUCCACAAGCCCUCGGGCACAGCUUCAGCAAACCAGAGCCCUCGCAUCAUCCCCGGCUCGACGGGCCCAGCUCCCAGGAGGACGCCAAAUCUUGCACCGCGAGGAAGCAAAAAGAGGGCCAGCAUCAGCUCUAGCCAAGUCUCGCCGGCACUGUUGCCUAGGAUAUCUCCGUCCAUCAAGCCGCUUCUGCCGGGCACGCCCGGCGGCAUGUCUGCUGAGGACACGGCGUCCCUUCUCCUGACAUCCAAGUCUAAUUACCAGAACAUCCUUGAGGGCACCGUCGUGCCGGGCGUGUCGUACCCAACGUCGCUUUCGACGAAUCUCACGUCCAAGAGGACGUCGCACAAGAUCGCCGAGCAGGGCCGGAGGAAUCGCAUAAACACGGCACUGCAAGAAAUCGCGACAAUGCUGCCCAAGUCUGCGCUGUUGGAGAUCAGCAAAAGCGAGAGCGAGAGUGCCGACAAGAAGGACGGCAAAGGGGGUGCGACGCCGAACAGCAAGGCGAGCACGGUCGAGAUGGCUAUUGACUACAUCAAGCAACUGAAGCAAGAGGUGGCCGAUGCGAACAAGCGAGCGGAGGAGGCAGAACGCAAGCUGGAGCUCAAACAAGCCUCACCGCCAGGUGAAACGAGGUAA